GUGACUUAUCUUUUUUCAUAUAAACUGUGACAGCGUGACAGUGCUUGCAUACCUUUCGAAUCUGUUUUCUUUUUACUGCUGAGUGCUGAUAACGCAAACAGUCGCAAACAAUGUAUCAAAAUAUUAUUGAUGUUUGAUUAUUGUAUGAGAUUAUUAACCUUAUAAUCGUAAAUUUCCGUUAAUCACACACAACGCAAUGUCGGAGACAUCCACUCAUCAAAUACCGGGAUUGAAACAGAAGAAAGUGUUUAAAAUAAUUGUUUUAGGCGAUUCAGGUGUUGGUAAAACAUGUUUAACUUAUCGUUUUUGUGAAGGACAGUUUUUAGAUAAAUCUGAGGCUACAAUCGGUGUCGAUUUCAGAGAAAGGAAUAUAAAAAUUGGUCAUGAAGAUAUCAAGCUUCAGUUAUGGGACACAGCAGGUCAGGAAAGGUUUCGCAAAUCCAUGGUGCAGCAUUACUACAGGAACGUCCAUGCUGUGGUCAUUGUCUAUGACGUCACCAAGCCCGAGACAUUUCAUUCAAUAGCGAGUUGGAUGCAAGAGGUGGAGUCUCACGGGCUGAUGCGAGCCCCGCGCGUGCUGGUGGGCAACAAGUGCGACUGCGGCACGCCCGAGUCCCGCCUCGCCACCACUUACGCGCAGCGCCUCGCUGACAAAUAUGGCAUGCCUUUAUUCGAAACAUCAGCCUUACUAGAUUCGGAGUGCGACAACGUCGAGUCCAUAUUCAUGACGUUGGCCCACAAACUAUACUCCAAGCAGCCGCUAAGGGUCGUUAGUGUUGAGGGUGAACUUGGUCCCGGUGUGGUUACUCUAGGGCGACAGAAGCGGUCGUCGAGCUCCAACGACAGCUGUCUAUGUAGCUAGACAUCCACACUACAUAGGCACUACGCAAUGUACACGGUAAAACUGAUUCCGUCUAACCAUGACCAACAAACUCCACGGUGGAAGCAACUGCUAGCAGAAAUGUUAAAGAAAACGACAUACAUAAGGAUCCUUCGCUGUGGGGAUUUUUGCCCCACAGCUGGGCAAACCAACCUAAUAAUUGGUACAGCGAAAACACUAAAGCGACUAGAUUUGUUACAAAUAUCCUAUUAUAAGCGACGUAAUCUUAAUGUUGCAAUAAAAUGUUAACACAAUCCAUUACAAAAUAAAUUAGUUAGAAAUUAAAACUCGAAACUUGCCAUCGUGGGUAUAAUUGUUACUUAUAAUACAAAUACACAUACAUUCCUCAGUGUUUAGGCAAUAUGUAACUAAGAAAUAAGGUCCAUAUUACAAUAUCCUCAUGAUCAAAUGUCUAGAUAGAUAAACAGUCAAAAUAUUUAUAAUAAUUGAAUAGGCUUGAUAGGUACUGUAUUUUAAACAUUCAGACUGAUUUGAAAUGAUCAUUAAAGUUUUUGACAAAAGAAAUCGGUUUAGACCGUCGGACAGAUUUUCAAAAAACGUACGUAUUUUUGCUUUUAUCUCGAGAAUAAAACUUUAAGGCCCGAUUUUUCAA